AUGCAAGGCAAAGAAGAAGGUGGUGGGUCAAACCCUGGAUUGAGAGACGUGUGCUGUUUGGACAAUGAAUGGAGAGAAGUGGCACGGACUUACGCUGACAGAUGGAACUUUCAUCAUGUCUGCGGAGCCUUGGAUGGAAAACACGUGGCCAUCAGAAAUCCACCAGGCUCUGGUACGAUCUACUACAACUACAAGGGUUUAUACAGCCUCAUCCUCUUGGCCCUAGUUGAUGGCAAUUACAAGUUCCUCUGGGCUGACGUUGGUAAUCCCGGUUCAUCAUCGGAUGCCCAGGUCUUCAACCACAGCCCGCUGAGACGUGGACUGGAGAAUGGUACUCUUGGCCUGCCAGAUCCAGAGCCCCUGCCAGAUAAUGACCGAGACACCCCUUACUUCUUAAUUGGGGACGACGCCUUCCCUCUCAGGACAUGGAUGCAGAAGCCGUACUCCAACCGUGAGCAGACCGACGAGAAGAUAAUCUUCAACUACCGUCUCUCGAGGGCUCGCCGUGUGGUGGAGAACAGCUUUGGCAUCCUUGCCCAUCGCUGGAGAUGCUUGUUGAGUACCCUACAUCUUGAUCCAGAAAAAGCCAGGACAGUCAUUAUGGCCUGCAUGUGCCUCCACAACCUAAUGAGAGAUCGUUUUCCUGGGCUUCAGAACAUUGACGUUGACCAUGAAGAUGAGUUGGGCAACCACAUCCCUGGGGCAUGGAGAAACGCAGCAGUUCUGCAGGAUGUUGAACGAGUUGGCGGAGGCUACCAGGCAAACAAAGAGGGCAAGAAGCUGAGAACUUACCUGAAGCACUACUACAACAGUCCAGUUGGAAGCCUGCCCUGGCAACAACACAUGAUAUACACUGCCACUUGGCGCACUACAUGUACUUGGGAUACAGCACAGACUGAUUUUGUGGAAUGA